AUGGCGCCGACACAAAGAGUUGUUAUUAUUGGAGCUGGUAUUGUGGGCACCAACAUCGCUGACGAGCUGGUCUCGCGCGGAUGGAAGGACAUCACCGUUGUUGAGCAAGGCCCGUUGCAUAUGCCGGGCGGCUCGACAUCACACGCCCCCGGCCUUGUGUUCCAGACUACACCCUCGAAGACCAUGACCAAUUUGGCCCGCUACACCGUUGAAAAGCUACUAUCCCUCGAUUGCUUUAAUCAGGUAGGUGGCCUGGAAGUGGCGACGACACCUGAGAGACUUGAAGACCUUAAGCGCAAGCACGGCUAUGCCUCGUCGUGGGGGAUAGAGGCACGCCUUAUCGAUGCCGAGGAAUGCCUUAGGAUUUAUCCUCUCUUGAGUAAAGAAAAGGUACUUGGGGGUUUGCACAUCCCGAGUGACGGUCUGGCACUUGCUGCCCGUGCGACACAAUUGCUCAUCGAAAGAACCCGCAAUGCUGGUGUCCGCUAUCUCGAAUCUACGCCUGUCACUGGCGUUGAACGAAGUGGUCGCCGGGUGACAGGAGUGAGGAUACCCAGCGGUGUCAUUCCUGCCGAUAUCAUUAUUUCUUGUGCUGGCUUCUGGGGUGUUGAAAUUGGCGCCAUGGUCGGUGUACCGAUUCCUUUACUUCCCCUCGCGCAUCAGUAUGCGAAAACAACUGCUGUGCCGGCUCUCGCUGGCCGACCCAUUAAUGAGCUUCCAAAUGGAAAAAACGCUAUACGACCUAUCCUACGCCACCAAGAUCAUGAUCUAUAUUUUCGCGAGCAUGGCGGCCAGUACGGCAUCGGCUACUACGGCCAUCGUCCCAUGCCGGUUGUCGCCGCGUCGUUAGGACUAACCCCCAAGCAUGUCGAUGAGAAGAAUAUGCCGUCCCGCUUGGAGUUCACUACCGAAGACUUCGACCCAGCCUGGAAGGAGACAAAGGAACUGUUGCCCGCUCUACGCGACACAGAAAUUGCUGACGGCUUCAAUGGCAUUUUCUCUUUCACUCCGGAUGGUGGUCCCCUCGUUGGACAAGCGCCGAAUGUCGAGGGCUUCUAUGUAGCCGAGGCGGUCUGGGUAACACAUUCCGCUGGUGUCGCACGGGCUGUGGCAGAGGUGCUCACAACGGGCCGGUCCCAGGUCGAUCUCUCCGAGUGCGAGCUCUCUCGUUUUGAAGAAAUCCAACUCAGCCGUGACUACGUCAGCGAGACCUCGCAGCAGAAUUUCGUCGAGAUCUACGAUAUACUACACCCCAUGCAACCGAAGGAGUCGCCCCGGAAUCUUCGUGUUAGUCCCUUCUAUAGCAGGGAGCGAGAGCUGGGUGCGUUCUUCCUCGAGCUUGGGGGAUGGGAGCGUCCAUUCUGGUACGAAUCGAACGCAGAGCUGCUUAAGUAUCUCCCAGCUCAGUGGCAACCUGUCGGACGAGAUGCCUGGUCGGCACAGUUCUACUCGCCCAUUGCUGCAGUAGAAGCCUGGAAGACACGCAAUGCAGUAGCCAUGUACGAUAUGACUUCGUUUCACCGAUUUGAGGUGUCCGGCCCCGGGUCGAUCGAUCUGCUCCAACGGUUAACUACAGGCGAUAUCACCGCCAAGCCUGGGACCAUCACCUACACUCUGCUCCUGAAUGAUCACGGAGGCAUCCGGAGCGACAUUUUCGUGUCGAGGCUCGGUGAUAAUGUCUUCCAGAUUGGGGCAAACACAGCUAUCGACCUUGAUUAUCUAGUUAGAGAGGGCCGCCGCCAAGGACAGCACACUCCCAGCCGAUGGGUAGAGGUGCGUGAAAUUACUGGAAGUACCUGUUGUAUUGGAUUGUGGGGUCCCCGCGCUCGGGAUGUCAUCAGAACCGUCACCACGGAUGACUUUUCCAAUACGGGGCUCCCUUACUUCGGUGUGAAGAGCGCAACUAUCGCCGGCAUCCCAGUCACGGCGUUCCGGAAGUCAUACGUCGGGGAACUAGGCUGGGAGAUUCAGACCAGCUCCCAAUACGGCCAGCGGCUGUGGGAUGCAAUUUGGCAGGCAGGCAAGUCCCAUGGGCUCAUCGCGGCCGGCCGUGCUGCCUUUAACGCUUUGCGACUGGAGAAGGGCUACCGAACCUGGGGCAGCGAUAUGACCACCGAACACAACCCGUAUGAAGCAGGCGUUGCUUCCGCCAUCAAGACGGACAAGAAGGAAAACUAUGUGGGUAAAGCUGCUAUCCAGCGUCUCUCAAAACAGGAACCUACAAGACGUCUGCGUUGCCUCACCGUCAAUGAUGGCCGUUCCAUGGUGCUUGGUAAAGAGCCAGUAUUCCUGAAUGGUAAAGCUGUUGGCUAUGUCACCAGCGCUGCAUUCGGCUUCACGGUUCGAAAGCCGGUUGCGUACGCUUGGUUGCCCGCCAGCGCAGCAGAGGGCCAGACAGUUGAGAUCGAGUACUUUGGGCGGCGUAUCCCAGCUACGGUCACAGCAGAGCCGCUGUACGACCCGCAAAUGAGCCGACUACAUGCUGAUGGCCCAUCAGUGGUACCCGAGUUCCAGAAGCCCUUGAAGAACCUUCUGUAA